AACAGUUUGUGUGGUCAACUCAACCCGGUCAUGAUGUACUGUUAAGACAUCUGGACAUAACAACACUGUUACAACAGCGGGAUGCGAUUUUGACUGAAAUAACUGCACAUUCUUUUUAGCUUCUGUAAUUUGCUUUGCUUGUAGCCCUGCCUUAUAAAAACCCUACCCCCCCGAGUCUUCGGGGCCGUUUUUCCUUAGUCGGAGAGACGGUUGCUGAGCUCAGCUUAAUAAAACCUUCGGAACCCUAAUUUGAUAUCCAGCCUCUUUGUUAAUUGUCUGGACCCAACACAUGGAGAUUUUUUUUUCUCCUCUGAUCUUAGAAACCAGAGUUCCAAGAGGGCUACUGUGGAAACAGGCCAACACUUUGAGCAUGCGCACACAUCUGGCUUUCAAACCAUUCCCUGGACCAGCCCAUAAGUCCCACAGGACUGUCUCAGGGACCAGCUAGGUGUGCAAGGGCCCAGCCCAGGAGAGGGCUUUGGGCUCCCACCACCAGAGCAGCUCUGCUUUCACAUGUUUUCUAUUACUGUAAGAUUUCACCUGGAAAGAGGUAUUUCUUAUGGCUUUAAUAAUGCAGUGGAUCAACUGACUUCAGGACUGGAGUGGUUAAGCAACAGGUGCUGGGACCUGAUGACCCUCAGUGAUGUGGCUGGGGACUUCGGGGAAGAGUGGGCUACCUGGACACUGCUUAGAGAAUCCUCUUCAGGGAUACCACCCAGCACAGAUAGAAGAAUGGGCUCUCCAAGGGAUUUCUAGACCAAAUGUAAUCUCCCAGCUGGAGCAGAACGAAGAGCCGUGGAUCCUACCACUCCAAAAUUUUGAGGCAAGGAAGAUCCUAAGGGAAAGUCACACAGACUUCGAGAGUCAGGUGGACAGACUCAAUCACAACAUUUCUAAAACAGCAGAACAGUGUGGAACAUCCUCAGAAAGGGCCAAAAAAGAUAUUGCACAUACUCCCAGUUGGGGAGGAAGCUGGGAGAGGGGCCUUGAAUUAGAAGGACACCAUGGAACCCUCCCAGGAGAGGGCCAUCAGGAGCCCUUUUCACAGGACAAGAACUUAAACAAUCUCCUGGAUGGAUACGUAGGAAAGAAGCCUGUGUGUGCAGAAUGCGGAAAAAGCUUUAACCAGAGUUCCUAUCUCAUAAGACACCUAAGAACCCACACUGGCGAGAGGCCUUAUAAAUGCAUCGAGUGUGGAAAAGGCUUCAAACAGAGUUCCGACCUUGUCACCCAUCGCAGAACACACACAGGAGAGAAACCCUACCAAUGCAGUGGCUGUGAGAAAAAAUUCAGCGACAGCUCAACGCUCAUCAAACAUCAGAGAACCCACACAGGUGAGAGACCCUAUGAGUGCCCAGAGUGUGGGAAGACUUUUGGGCGGAAGCCACACCUCGUAAUGCACCAAAGAACCCACACGGGAGAGAAGCCCUACACGUGCCUCGAAUGUCAUAAAAGCUUUAGCCGAAGCUCAAAUUUCAUCACCCAUCAGAGGACCCACACGGGAGUGAAGCCUUAUGGGUGUAAGGAAUGUGGGGAGAGGUUUAGCCAGAGCUCAGAUUUGAUUAAGCACCAACGAACCCACACAGGAGAACGGCCCUUUAAGUGCCCGGAGUGUGGAAAAGGUUUUAGAGAUAGUUCUCAUUUUGUAGCUCACAUGAGCACUCACUCAGGAGAAAGGCCCUUCACUUGUCCUUACUGCCACAAAAGUUUCAGCCAGAGCUCACACCUGGUCACGCACCAGAGGACACACACAGGUGAGAGGCCUUUUAAGUGCGACAACUGUGGAAAAGGCUUUGCCGACAGUUCCGCCCUCAUUAAGCACCAACGGAUCCACACCGGAGAAAGACCCUAUAAAUGUGGCGAGUGCGGGAAGAGCUUCAACCAGAGCUCCCACUUCAUGACUCAUCAACGAAUCCACUUAGGAGACCGGCCCUAUCGAUGUCCUGAGUGUGGCAAAAGCUUCAAUCAGCGUUCCCAUUUCCUGACACACCAGAGAACACACACCGGAGAAAAACCUUUUCAUUGUACUACAUGUGACAAGAGCUUCCGUCAGAAAGCACAUCUUUUAUGCCAUCAAAACACUCAUUUGAUUUAGGAAAUAACCUUUAGUGGUUCUGUUGCUCCCUUCCAAAUUUCCAUUGCUGCCGUCUUCGGAGUGUCCCAAAUAAGGAAAGACCUGAACCUGGGCAGUCAGUGGCUCAGGUUGGGGCCUAAUCUGUUCUCUCUCUCUCUCUUAUUUUUCUAUGUUUUAAUGGUGAGGAUAAACCUAUGGCGUCCGAAUAAUGUUCUGAACACGAAAGGCAUUCCUUCAUUGUGUUUGACUAACUCUUAGGGAAACAGGAGUUUAGUGGUUACUAAAAGAGAAGUGAGCUAGAUGUGACCUAGAGAUCUCAUUUAAGCCGCCUAGUACAGUGCCUGCUACAAAGUAGGUGCUCAGUAACUGAAUGGUCUCAUUAUCACUAUAAUGACUAAUAUUUGAGAUUUUAUAUAAAGCCCUCAAUAUAGCACCUGGCCCUUAAAAGACACUCCUACAAGGUUGGUUGCUUACAUCAGCCGUAUUUCUCAGUAAGGGAUUUAUUAGUGCAGACCUGUAAGCCCAGGACUUAUAAGAAAUUAGGUUGGUACGAGAAGAUCUGGGGUGUGAACACACGGAUUUGACAAAACAGAAAACACUCUUCCAGCCCAGUGCUGUGCAGGCAUUAGUCACCGGAUGUCUCAUUGCCGUGACAAGGCAGAAUUAUCCUAGGGGAUGCUUGCAGUCCUGUGACUUAGAGGCUGAAAGAAUUUCAGAGGCUCUUUGUAGAGCAGUGUCUGAGGUACUCCCAAUUGGAGGGUUUGCUGCGAUCUGCACAGGAAAUAUCCGGUGACAAACAAGCCAGAGGGACCUGGAAGAGGACUAACACUGCGGAAGCAAGUUGCCUGCAAAUGUUAAAUGAUAUUACAGGGAUCUUUCCUGGCAUUCAGCUGAAGGGAGCAACUCUUGUUUUCGAAUUUGCUGGGUCUUUGGCUCUUUAGUUUUAAGUUAGUGUGACUUUGGUCCUUUUAGGGUCAUUUGUUUUGCUCCCUAGUGUAUUCCUGUAUUUAAUUGAAAUACACUGAGAUAGGACAGCGUGUUGGAAAGAACACUGGCUUUAUUGAGAAGGUGGGGUGUUUGAGUCCUGGCCCUGACACUUCAUUUGGCCAGACUUCCACCCCCUCUCAGGCCCUCUGCUACCUACCUGGCAAGGCUGUGAGAACCUAAUACACACCUAUACACAGGCACGCAGGCACAUAAGUACUUUGUUGUUAAACCACAAGGUGUCAUAUCUCUAAAGUUUAACGUGCUAGUAUUGUUGCUAAUGUCUUCUUUCCAAGGAACUCUGGCUAAUAUUUCUCCAGAUGUCCCAUUUUCUCUCAUAAUGAGGGACACGUUAUUUUUGCCUGUUGAAAACCGAAGGCCAGAAAAUGCCAAACGAUUCAUUAUGGGUCACAUAGUUAACAGAAGAACCAGAACUGGGCUGUAGGUCUCCUCUUCAGCAACAUGGAACAGACUAGCUCUGGGAUUCGCUGGUGCCUCUGAGACCCUACAGGACUGGAGAACCCAUCUUAUAUCCAUCACACCAGUCUGAAUUUGGAAGUGAUGGAGGGUUGUAGCUUGAGUUCCCGGGAGCUUUACAGGACCCUGGGCUGGGGGUCCUUGAUCCUCGAGGAGUAAGUGUGGACAGGUAAGGGCAGAUGCAAGGGGUGGAAGGGGUUAAGGAGGGCGUUGGGUGUUGAACACUAAAGAGAAAAGUGGUUGCCUGAAGGCUUUUCGUUCCAAGCCUCCCUGUGGUGAUACAGACUAAAUUAUAGUUCGUUUUCUUCCACUAUAGGGAAUGCCGUCUGAGUGCUUAUGGGGACCAGAGUUCAGCUGAUAACCUAAACUCUUUUUUUGACAGGGUCAUUAGGUAAUGGACCAGGAAAAAAUGAAUCUGGUUAAUACAGUGCAGUGGUUCUCAAAGUGUGACCCCAGAUCAGUGGCAUUAGCAUCUGGGAACUUGUUAGAAACGCAGAUUCUAAGUCCCUACCCCAGACUUACUGAAUCAGAAAUUCGGAGAGUAAUAUACGUGAACUCCAGGGGUACCGUCUCUCCAGGGGUGGAUGUGUUUUUGGCCAAAGGUAGGCUGUGGAAUGAGACAGUAUGGAGUUGAAUACGAUACCCCUCAGAAGAGACAUUCUGAGAAUUUUGCACUGGAUUAAUGAAUGUAAACUGUCCUGGAAAUGUCCCACAAGAGGGAGCCAGUUAGAGGACCUAGAGGGACACAAAAGCUACAUUAUUAGCACAAGCAGACACACCCCUAACCCCAGCUAGGAAUGUGCUGUGAGCUCAUUGUCUGUGAUUCAUUCUAGAUUUAGGAGGCAGGAUGUGGAUGCAGCCCCAGCUUCCGGUUUUGGUGUAGUUAUUCACUAGCCAACUGCCUUUGGACAGGCCAGUUCAUCACUCUAGGCUUCGAUCUGCCUGUUACAUCAGAAAAAGAUCCCUCUGUCUCUAUCUGACACUUUAUAAACCUGGGGCUCUGACAGACCCCACUACUCCAGCGUUGUGAGUAGGUCCUUCCCAUGCACCUUCUCGCUGAGAGGAUAGAACCAGGCAGCCUAUAGCCUGGCCCUUUCUCCAUCUCCUACCUCUCAGCCCUCCCCCAGGCUCCAGAGGAGAGGGGCAGCCUCAUAGCUGCCAGCAAAGGUAGCACAUUACUCCCCAACUAAAGACCUCCCCAGCCUCCAGCGCCCCCAUCCCAACUUCCUAACAGUAUUUAACAGAUACUUGUCACUGGCUUGUAGCAUAAGUUGAAUCUUCUUCUACCACCUCUUUUUCAUGUUGUAUACCUACAGAUGUGUCUAUCCUAUGAGACGUGAGCUCUUGAGGGGCAAUGUGUCACUUGCUUUGUGGCUCUGCCACCUCCCUCCCACCCCAGCCAUGAGCCGGGAAUACUUAAAUGGUAUUGGUGAGAGUAGAGGUAGCUGACUUGCCGUAUUUCCCCUUUGUUCCUACCCUGUAACUGGGCCGUUAGCUUCUUGCACAUGCUGCCCACCUCUCUUCACUUCAAAAUUCAUGUCAUCACCAAGCCCUGUCAAUCUUAGCUCUCAGACCUACCAGCCUCUCCCUCUCCACUGCCACUCUCUAGUCCCAAAUGACCGCCGUCCCUUAUCUGAAUUCCUCCAGUGGCCUCCCAACCGAUAUCCCAGAUUUUAUUUUUGCUCUAAUCUUCCCACAGAAGGCAGAGUGAUCUUCAAAACCCUGAAUGGAAUCACAUCACCUAGGUGCUUAAAACCAGCAGCUCCCAUUGCUUUUAGGAUCACGACCCAAAUCUUUCAGCAAGCUACCAGGCCCUGCCCCAGUUAUACCCACACGCCACCCCAGCCUCUUCUGAUAUCACCUUUCCCCUCUCACCGUGCUUCAGCCCACCUGCAUUCUUUCUGGUCCUUGAUCACACCAAGGGGCAUGUACACCUCAGAGCCUUGGUACUAACUGUUCCCUCUGCCCGGACUGUUCCUCACCCAGGGCGUUGCUGAGGCUCCUAUUUGUCAACCAGGUUUCAGCUUAAAACUCACCUCCUUACAGAGACUUUCUCUGACUAUUCCAUCCAAAUUAAUCCUCCUCCCCAACAGUCCCUAUCUUAUUAUCCUCUUUUUUUCAUCAAAGUUUGUAUGCCUGUCUGAUAUUUUCUUGUUUACUUGUUUAUUUUGGUACAUUCCAUGACAGCAGGGAGCCAUUUCUCUUGUUUACCACUCUUUCCCUGGCAUCCGAAACAAUGCCUGGCACAUAGUAGGUGCUCAGUAAAUGUUCAUUGGAUGAAUUAAUGCGUGCAUGCUCACAGACAAGAAACUCACGCUGGAAAAGUGAGUUGUGCGAUGAUGCCAGGCAGGUGAGUGAGGGUCACACCAUGAAGGCUCUUAGUUGUCAAACUGAGGAGUUUGGAUAUUAUGGUCUGGGGAACGGGGUGUCACUAAUAGUUUUCCGGUCGAGGAGAAGCAUGAUCGGCACUUGAGGAAGUUUGAGUUGGCAGUUAUGUGUCAGUCAUAUUACAGAGAGGAAAACUGAAGGCAUUGAGACAAUCCAUGACACAAAGAGCUUAUCACAGUGUCUGGCCCACAGUACAUCUCCAACAAGUGAUCGUUGUCCCCAAGCACCAUGGCAAGCACUCGGAGACACCAGAACAAAAAGGCAAGAUCACGACAUCUUUCUACCUCAAAAUAAUUCUUCCUAAACCCUACUAUCACGUUCCUUCCCUUCCUCUUUUUGUCAGACUCCCAAUAAUAUGUAGUUAUUCUCAGAGCUAUCACGUCUAGGCUCUUGGAACAGCAUGCCUCUAGAAUUUGACUCUGAAGGGCCUCUGAAUUCCCACAUCUGAAGGCCUCCUGUGAGUCUUCUUCCCAUUCAAUAACCGUUUAUUUUUUGAUGCCACUUACACGUGCUUCUUCUCGAAAUUCUCUUUUCCCUUGGUGGCUGUAAGAUGGUUCUUUUACACUUCUGGCUACUCUUUGUUAAGUGUCUUCCCUGAGUUCUCUUCUUCCUCUCACAUGUGCCUCAUACCCCGCCCCCCAACAUUUGGACCCUUGACCUUCUUCCUUGCUUCUUUCUUUCCUGUUUUGUACACUAAGCUUAUGACUUCAACCAGCAUCUCUCAGAAUAUGGGUCUAGCUCAACCUCGCUACUGAAUUUUGUAUGUGCAAGUCCAGCUGCUUUGGUGGACCCUCCUCAAGGAUGACCUGUUGCUUCCCAAACCCAGAAUCUCCAAGUGAUAGUCAGCAUCUCCUCCCAAAGCCUCCCUCCUGACAUUUCUCUUUCUGCAAAUGACUCCGGUGUUCUACCUGCCCUUAUCAGAAACCUCCUGGUCAGCUUAGAUUUCUCGUUCUUCAUUGUUUACUGUGUUUCCACUGGUGCCAAGUCACAUAGCUUCUGCCUCUAUAAUGUCUCUCUCGCUCUUUUUUAAAUUGUAAAAGCAACAUGUGCUUUCUGUAAAUUUUUCAAAAAAAAAAAACCACCCAAAAACCAAAAAACAAAACCACACACACAAAAAACAGAAGUGCCCAAAGUAAAAAAACAAUGGAAACGUCUGUCUCUUCCUAAUUCCCCCCACCACUCUCACUCCCCAGACCUCAGCUCUGUAACGGCCUGGCAUGCCAAAUCCAGGUUAGCUCUUUUCCAUCCCCACUGCCACCAUCUGAACUAAAGGGAUGGCUUCCCAUCUGGUCUCCUUGACUUUUCCUGUUACUUCAACUCAAAUAUUUAUUGAGUACCUAUGACACACCAAGUCCUACACUGGACCCUGGAGGGACAAAGACAAAUAAGACAGUGAAAGAGGGCUGCAUUUAAGAACUGUUGGCCUCUGGGCAAGUUACUUACUCUCUCUGACCCUUAUUUCCUUAUCUGUAAAACGAGGAUAGUCCCAGUACCUUCCUCAUGGGGUUGGGUGAGGAUUACUGAGAUGAUGUAUAGAAAGCUUCCUUCAGUACCUGGUAUGUUGUGUCAGUGACAACAAUGAUAAUGAUAAUCUUUGUCUUGGGAGAGUUUUGAAGAAUAGGGAUUAUUUACAUGAAGAAAGAUGAGAAACUAUUUUUGGAAAAGGAGAGACAAGCAGUUUAACUGAAAUUAAAAGGUUGAGGUAAAGAGUUGGGAGACUGAGGGGUAAGAACUUGGACUUUCUCCUCUAAAUAUUUCUCAAAGUGUGAGCCAAGGACUACCUGCCUUAAUAGUCUUACCUGGGGUGCUUGUUCAAAAUGCAGAUUUGAGGGCCCCACCUCUGACUGAGUUGGUGAAUUCACAUAGUGUAAAAAUAGACUUCAGGGAAAAUGAACAAACUUUAGUUAAAUACAUCAACACAGAUAAGCCUCAAAAACUCAAUAUUGAGUGCAAAAAAUAAGAUACAGAAAAGUACAUGUAGUAAGGGUCAAAAUGCAAUCAAGAUAAAAAUAGGCGAAACUCAACUCUAUAUUAUUGGGUUGUCGGAAAAGUCAUGAUGUGUUUUUCCUAUGUUUUUCAUUGCAAAAAUGCGUCAUGACUUUUCUGACAACUCAGUACUUGAGCAAUGAGAACCCAAUACAGACUGUCAUAAAAGCAUAAAAGGAUUUAUCAAGUUCAGGGUAGAGGUUAUCUGAAAUGGGGAAGCAGAAUGCUAAGUUUCUAUUUCCUAAUCUGGGUACUGAGAACACAGGAUUUUAAAAAUUAUUAUUCUUUAAAUUAAUAUGCAUUAUUUAUAUAGUUUUUUUUGUUUUUACUUUUUAUUUACAAGAAAAGAAUCAAAAAGGAAAUAGGAAAACAGAACACCCUUCCAAAGACUGACCUUUUACACUUAAAUCUCAUAAAGUUGAGUUAUACUAAGGAAAAAAAAAGACAAUUCAAGUGCCCAGGCCUGAACAGACAGCAGACCAAUCCCUUUCAUUCUUUCUCAAUCACACACUCACACCUUCUCAUUUUUCCUUCAGCUAAGAAACUAACCCUCCCCGUAUGUAGUACAAAUAAAUGUCCAGAAGAUUACACAAGCCCACCCUUCCAUACUCAGCCAAACUUGGACCUCCCGUCCGAGUGCAGGAUCCCCUUCUACAUUAACAAAGCACUAGUGAAAACUUUUUUUUUUCCUUCCUGAAACAAAUGUUUCCACAAUUUAGAUUAUUUCCGCAGGGUGUGAACAUUUUUACAGCUCUUGAUAUUUGCUGCCAAAUCAUUUUCUGAGUGAACUGUACCAGUUUACAACGCUACAGCAAUAAAUAGUACCAACUUCACCACACCCUCAUCCUUGAAAAACAGUUUUGCUAAUUUGAUAGGAUUCUUCCAUAGUGCUUUCAUUUGCUUUUCUUUGAUUAGCAGUGAAGUUGAACAUUUUUUCAUAUGUUAGUUUCUUUCUUGUAUUCCUUCCAUUGUUUGUCAUUUGUGCACUUAAGAGUAUAGGAUCGGAAUAAAAAAACUUGAUUUUUUGGCUUCAAGGAAGUCACUUUAUUUCCUGCUCCCUUCUUCUCCCCUCCCUGCUUUUUACUUUUCUACCUCAUAAGUAAUACAUGUUCGAUUUAGAAAUAUCGGGGAGUACACUUCAGCAAACAAAAAAAGUAAAAUCACCUGUUAUCCCACCUUCCAGAGAUAACUACCACCGUUUAGCGUAUAUAUACUUUUAAACAUUUUCUCUAACAAAAAAAUAUAAAUAAUAUCACCUAACCUUUCGGAGCCUGUGUCCUCAUCUAUUAAAAAAAUGAGAAUACUUUCUCCCAAGCUGACAAUUAAAAGAGCUGGUAUCUGCUUUAUUUUUUAAAUUCAAUAUGUAAGAUAUACAAAAGGUAUACAGCGUAGUGCAAAGAACAUCCAUAUACCUACCACAUAGCUUAAGAAAUAAAAUUUUGUCAACCGAAAAACAAUCUUUUUACUGAUAUACUUCAAGGUUUCUGUGAACCCCUCCCCAGUUAAAGCCCCUUCCCCAAACCAUAGUCCCCUCUCCUGAAUUUGGUGUUUCUCACUCCUAUGACUUCACAUUUAUUUACACAUCCUCUGUCUUUAUAUUUAUAGAGAGAUAUCGGUAUAGAUUCCCUAAGCAAUGUAUGACAUUGAUUUGCAUUAGCUUGUUUAAACUGUAUAUGAAUGGGUAUCAAGGUAAGUAUUCUAUAUUCCCCCCCUCAAUAUUAUGCUUGUAAGAGUCAUCCAUGUCAUGUAGUUGUUGUACUUCGUUUCCCUGCUUUCAUAUUCACUAUAUAAUGACACCGCAAUUUAUCUGUUUUCCUGAUGAUGGCCAUGUAGAUUAUUUCUGAGUUUUGUUGUCACAGGUAUUUCUGCAAUGAACAUUUUGGUUUGUCUCUUUGUGUAGGAGUUUCUCUGGGUAUAUAUACCUGGGGAUGGACUCCUGAGGCCAUAGGUUAAGUGCAUUUUGCAUAUUGCCAAAUUAUUCUCCCAGGUAGUUGUACUAAUUUCCAUCACCAACCGUAGUGUCUAAAUAUCCCCUUCACUAUUCUUCCUUGUCGACGCUUCGUUUUGUCAGUCUUUAAAUUUUUUCCAAUCCGACUGGCACGGAUAACAUUGCAGUGUGGUUUAAAUAUGCACCUCAGAUUGGCAGGGAAGUUGAACAGCUCUUACAAGUUUAUUGGUUGUUCAUGCUGCCUCUUCAGGGAAUUCUGUGCUCAUCAAGUACUCAUUCCUCAAAGCCCCUUUAAAACGCUCCCUCUCCAUGAAAUAUUUCCAGACUUCCUCCACUAAACAGAUGGGGUCUCCUUUGGAUGUCUAUCACUCUUUCUUCAUCUUGGAUUACACUCACUUUUUAUUUCAUCUUGUACAGUCAAUUGGGUACUUGUCUAAGGGGCAGA